AAUCGGAAUGAUGUCUCAAAGAGUCAGACUAGAGGUCAUGCGACAGUUGAAAAACAGAUAUGGAAAUCUUUACGGACCAGAUAAUGUUGUACUAAGUGGAACUCAUACUCAUUCAGGACCUGGAGGCUACUUUCAAUACACAAUUUAUAUGAUAACAAGCAAGGGGUUUAUAAAGCCAACCUAUAAUGCCAUUGUCAAUGGGAUCCUAGAGAGUAUUGAAACAGCUCAUCAAAAUAUGGUCAAAGGGCGGGUUUUUCUCAAUAAAGGCUUGGUCGAGAACACUCAAAUCAACAGGAGUCCUCUUUCUUAUCUUAAUAAUCCAGAAUCUGAAAGACUCAGGUAUACAUCAAACACAGAUAAAGAAAUGGUGUUGCUGAAAUUGGUUGCUGACAAUGGUCAAGAAAUAGGGAUGUUGAGCUGGUUUGCCAUUCAUCCUGUCAGCAUGAACAAUACCAACCUUCAUACAAGUAGUGACAACGUUGGUUAUGCUGCUUAUCUCUUUGAAGAAGAAAAGAAUAAGGGAUACCUGACAGGAAAGGGGCCGUAUGUUGCUGGUUUUGCAUCAUCUAAUUUAGGAGACGUGUCUCCCAACAUACAAGGUCCACACUGCAUAAACACAGGGGCUUCGUGUGAAAAUCUCAACAACUACUGUCCAAUAGGAGGGUCCAAGAUGUGUAUCGCUAAAGGUCCCGGCAAAGACAUGCUUGAGAGCACCCAAAUAAUUGGGAGAAACAUCUACUUGAGAGCAAAGGAACUAUACAGCAAAGCCGUUGAAGAGAUAAAUGGCCCCAUUCAUUCAGCUCACCAGUGGGUGGACAUGAGCAAUGUUACUGUUCAACUCAAUGCUACUCAUACGGGUAAAACAUGCAAACCAGCCUUGGGAUACAGCUUUGCUGCAGGCACCAUCGAUGGGCCGGGAAUGUUCAAUUUCACUCAAGGCAUGAUAGAAGGGAAUUCAUUCUGGGAUGCUGUUCGUGAUGCAAUCCUGGCUCGACCAUCCAAGGAAACAGAAGAAUGUCACAAACCUAAGCCUAUCCUCAUUCCUACAGGAGAGCUUUCGAAACCUUACCCAUGGCAUCCAAAUAUAAUUGAUAUUCAAAUAGUUACUGUUGGAUCUCUGGCGAUACUGGCUCUUCCAGGAGAAUUUUCGACAAUGUCUGGACGAAGAAUACGUGAAGCAAUAAAAAAUGAAUUGGAAAGUCACGGGACAACUGAAAUGAAUGUUGUACUGUCAGGACUGUGCAACAUUUACACCCAUUAUGUUGCUACUUAUGAAGAAUAUCAGAUCCAACGAUAUGAAGGCGCAUCUACCCUUUUCGGACCACACACUCUUUCUGCCUAUAUCCAAUUAUUCCGAGGUCUAGCGAAGGCUCUUGCUGAGGGCACAGCACGGGACUUACCAAAUCUCCCAGAGCCACCUAUUUUGAAUGUUACAGAGCUGACCUUUCUGCCUAUCAUCAUUGAUGCAAAGCCACUUGGUCGUAACUAUGGAGAUGUGCUACAAGAUGUGCAACCCAAAUACCGCAUGGGAGAGGUUGCUGAAGUGCGUUUUGUUGGUGCAAAUCCAAGGAAUUCGGCAACAAACUUGACCGACUUUACUUUCCUUACAGUAGAAAAAUAUGACAAUACUUCAAGUCAUUGGAAAGUGAUGUAUAAUGAUGCCUCCUGGGACACUAGGUUCACAUGGCAAAAAGGCAACUGGGGACGCAGCACAUCUAUCGUUCAGUGGCACAUCCAAAACAACACUGAGCCAGGAACCUACAGAAUACAGUAUUUUGGCCACAGCAAAGAAUUACUGAGGUCGAUCCGUUCAUUCAGCGGCUCUUCCUCGCAAUUUGAAGUUUCAGGCUGAAACGUGAAAUAGUGAGAUUUGUAGUUUGUUCCAUUUUUAAUUUUGAAUGAAAGGGAGAUAAUCAUGCAGUAUAUCUGCCUUGGCAACAGUUCACAGCAUGUCUCACUGUAUCUUUAAAAAGUGCAGUCAUAGAGAGUUGCAGCAGAAGUCACGCUCCAUGGCU